CUGUAUUGUAGGACAUUAAGUUAUAAAUUCAAAUCAGUGAUUUAUGAGUAGCAUGAACAUGUCGUCGAGAUGAAUUAGUCCAGGAACGACAACUCGGAUUGACUAAAAGAAAAACAAAUAGACUUCUAUCUAUAAAAUUGAGUGGACUGGGUAUUUUUGACAAUGAGAAUAGUAGUGUGUAACAUUCUAAGCAGAUUAAGAACAAGUGUAAAGCUUACCCGAUCUUACUGUACCACACAAACGUAUGUAGGAUGCAAAAGCGAUGAAGCACCAUGUAAAAGGUUGUUCAACCAGAAACAUUUUCCAGAAGGUAUCAGUGACUUUGUUACCAGUGAAGUCAUGAAGUUUUCACCCAGUAUUCCUGUCGAGGAAGCUAUUACCCCACCUGCAAGCUGGUACACUCAACCGCAGUUCAACACUCUAGACAAAGCAUCUGUGUUCAGAAAACACUGGAUCCCAGUGGGCCGAGUAGAUCAGUUGGAGGAACCAGGUCAAUACAUUGCAGGCUUUAUAACAGACGAUCCUUAUCUAGUGACACGUGACGAAACUGGAAAGCUACAGGCAUUCUACAACAUAUGCCGCCAUCAUGCUACACUUCUUGUAGACGACAACUCUGGAACAGUAUCUAAGUUCCAAUGUCCGUACCACGGCUGGACAUAUACACUGAGUGGACGGCUAGCGAAGGCAACAAGACUACGAGGAAUAAAAAACUUUAACGCUAAAAAUUUUGGUUUGAUACCACUUGAGGUAACAACUUGGGGCCCAUUGGUUUUCAUUAAAUUAUCAACAGAUGACACAAACUCGUCAGACGGACUUGGUGAGCAAUUAAAAGAAGUUAAAACGAGGCUUGACAAAAUGGGACUCGAUAAUCUUCAUUUUGUUGAACGACGUCAUUAUCGCGUCAAAUGCAAUUGGAAAGUAUUCAUUGACAACUAUUUGGACGGUGGAUAUCAUGUAGAAUACGCUCAUAUAGAUUUGGCAAGUUUAAUUGAACCAAAAGACUACAAAACUGAGGUGUUUGAUGGAUUUUCUAUACAGAGCUCCUCUGGCAAUAAAGGAGAAAAAGAAGGACAGGAUAGAAUCGGAAGUGCCGUUCUAUUUUCUCAUGUUUAUCCAAAUUUAUUUAUAAACCGUUAUGGGCCAUGGCUAGACUUCAAUUACACGUAUCCAAUAGACUCAGAAAACUGUGAGGUCGUUUUUGACUGGUAUUUAGAAAAAGAUGCUAUGAAUGAGUUCAAUUCUUCAGAAAAAGAAGCUAAAAUUGCUGAGGACAUUAGAGCUAGUGAAAAAGUCCAGAAUGAAGAUAUCGUUUUGUGCGAGAGAGUGCAGAAAGGUUUGCGUUCUACGUCAUUCGAAUGGGGAAGAUACGCCCCAGGGGUGGAGCAAGCCGAUCACAAGUUCCAUGUUGAAUUAGCUACUGAUUACAGGGAUUAUCUUAAACAAUAUGAGACCGAAAGUGUUAAAACAUAAAUGAGUAAAUUAUAGAGGCUCUGAUAAUCUACUCCAUAUUAUAGGUCCAUACGAACUAUUAUAUCAUGUAUAUUGAGCGUCCAAAUGAAGAGCAUGAUAUUGAUAAUCAUGAUAAUAGAGAUCAAUUUAUGUCUUACUUAUUUCAUACUAUUUACCGUGUGGAUUUAUUUAUGUAUACAUGAUAUUUACAACGUGGCGAUAUGAACUAAUAAUGACUGAUAUAAAAAAUGUUUGAUUUUAUAUGUUACAAAAAUACUAUUUCAAGGAAAUAUAAUGAAUGAAAAAAUAUGACACUACUAGUAUCAGAUUAUCACAUGGCACUUCAUAUCGCAUGUGUUAUCAGCCCUAGGUUCAAUAUCAGCCCAAGAGCCGCAUGGCUCGAGUGCUGAUAUUGAUCCAGGGCUGAUAAUACAUGCGAUAUGCAAAAUGACAUGUUAUGACCUUUUUAUCAUAUGCUUCAACCAUGGAGAAAAAUAACUGAUUCGUAUAUUGAUCCUUUUACGUGGUUCUGUAAUAGAAGUUUAAAGAUUGAAAAGUUCACGUACGUCGGACCCCAAAUUUAGUACAGUCGAUAUGAAUUUUUUCUAUUAUUUGCCUCAACAGAGAAGAAACACAUUUUAAUAUGGACGUAUUGACAAAAACAAACAAAAAUUAACAACACACAUAAUGAAGACUGUUUGGCAACUUUUUAAAGUAACUUUCUAAAUUAUGUUUGAACAUUUUAAACAAUGUAUUUAUUUAAUAAUUUGUUUGUUUUUCGUUUUUUAUUUUUGUUUUUUUUUAUUAUUUCACAAAAUAUACUUUCCAGUUUCCAAAUGAUUGUUUUGUACACUACUUUGUAAUAGUUUUCACUGAAAACGUAGCAUUGAGGUGUAUUUUCCGGAAUUUGCCGAGAAUCACCGGAUGCCAUGUGAUAACGUUACGGAAAGGCAUGUGAUAACAAUCGAAGCAUGUGAUAAACUUUUCAUAUCAGCCCGCUAAGGACCAAUUCGAAAAAUAUGAAAUUUUCGGUAAUUCAAUGGUAUUAUCAUACAGUAAUAAUCAUAUGUUAUUUAGUCUGAGUAUAUGAUAAUUAGCAUUAUAGCCUGUUAUAC